CCUUUGCACUACCUCUAAGGCACUUUGGAUUUGUUGGGGGAAAGAAGAAGGAGUAAACAAAGGAGAAGAAGACAGAAGUAGUUUGUGAAGCAGUCACAAAGGCAACGGUUGUAAACGAAACAGCGAGGGUCAGGAAUCAGGAGACCAGAGUUCUCUUCCCAGUAAUUUGCCAGCAUAAUUUGGACAGGUGAAUUUCGUGAACAUCUGAUAGAGCCUUCGACGAUGUGUUAUAAAUAUAAAAAAUAUCAUCUUGGGAUAUGCUAUGAAGGCAUGAGGUCCUGCACCCUGAAGUACCACCAGACUUGUGCUGUUGAAAACAUUUACUUACUUACCAGAAAAGGGCGGAGUAUGUAUUUUUAUUCAAAACUGUCGUGUAUGACCAACUGUGAGGACAUCAACUUCUUAGGUUAAAAGAGGACAGAGCUCAUCUGUUGCAAACAUAAAAACUAUUGCAACCUCCCUGAGGGAGUCUAG